UUUAAAGUCAUUCUACUGACGAGAACAUAUCUUAAGAAACAGCAAAGAUGUAUGUACGAUCAAAUAGUUUGCUGUUGUCAAUUCCGACAAAAAGCUAUCAAGGACCGUUGGCCUACAGACCAAUGCCGCGGAGCAAAGAGCCAGAAAUAUUCACCUUUGAACGGAUCCCAGUUCAAGAGCCAGAGCGCAGCUUACCACUGCGCCCGCGGAAGAGGAACACCCGGGUUCAGUACCCAGCCAAUGUCCGAAAGUACCUUCCGCCUGCGGAGAAGAGCCCUGCCAAGCGCUGGCUCGUUGCUCUAUGCCUGGUUCUGUUCUUGCAGAUCUACACGGAGGAGGCUAGCGUCGAGACAACGACCAGCUCGGAGAGCCUUUCGGGCGAGGUACCGGAGGAGGUGUCCUUUACACAGUAUCAAGUGCUCCCGUUCCAGUCAGCGGAGGAACAGGCUCGUCAUCUGAGAGACGGUGUCUACGACGAGCUCCCUCACGUCGACUGUCAAAAUCAACUUAUUGACGAGCAGAGUGACAUCACUAGCAGGCAGCAGGUCAACCAAACGUGUCCAGGCUGGGAAGCAGAGAUGAAUCGCAUGCACCAGCAGAGCUCUAGCAAUGGUUACGUGGUAGCCCUCCUCUACCCGGCAGUUUAUCACAGACUGGGAUGCGAGGAUUAAAAUAACUGAAAUGGUCCUCCAGGCCAUGCCUUGUGAACAUGGACAUCACGAAGCUGGAUUCAACAGAAUUGGGAGAAAGAGUGAGAGCUGCCGCUGGCGCUGGCGCUGCCAGGCCCGGAGCUCGUGAUACUCGCUGAAGCCUCCCAAAAGCCUUGUAGGCUAUAAAUGCUGUUGUAUUCGGAGAUGGAGUGAAAGAAGCAGUUCCCUGAGGAGACACUUUUGAAAGACUGACUCUUACUUGAACUCAAACUUGAAUAUAGAGACACUUGAAUUAUGCUUUAGGUUCACAUUUGUAAUGGUAGCAUGUAGACCGAAGUUAAAUAUGCAUUCUCACGUUACCAUGUAGGCCAAACUUCAGCCUAUUCGACCAGAAUCUUGGAUUGAGGUUUUUUGUACGAUGAGAAAUUACAUUGUGAAAGCCAACACUACUAGCACUUGACAUUGUUGCAAAUAUUUAUUAAUUGCUAUUUAUUCAUGAAGAAUAUUGUAUUUUGUAGAAUGUGAUAUUUAUUAAAAUUUUUGCUGUAAUGAUUUG